GAACUGAAUCAGUGGACGCACCAGGCUGCCGCACACGCAGGCGGCGGGCUUGGAGGUCGAAUGGCCCCAAUACACACGAGAGAUCCAACCCGGAAGUAGUUCCUGGUUGUCUCCAGGCGCCGGUUCCUGGGCGUCGUGGAGCCAAGGCGCGAGGCUCGGACCGGGAGGUGGGACUGUGGAACGCUCAGCGCGCUCCGCCCGGGACCGAGCCGCUGCGCCCGCGGGGCCGCCCCGGCGCCACCAUGCUGCUCCUGCCGAGCGCUGCGGAGGGCCAGGGCACCGCCAUCACCCACGCUCUGACCUCCGCCUCAACACUCUGUCAAGUUGAACCUGUGGGAAGAUGGUUUGAAGCUUUUGUUAAGAGGAGAAACAGAAAUGCUUCUGCCUCUUUUCAGGAACUGGAGGAUAAGAAAGAGUUAUCAGAGGAAUCAGAAGAUGAAGAGUUGCAGUUAGAAGAAUUUCCCAUGCUGAAGACGCUUGAUCCCAAGGACUGGAAGAACCAAGAUCAUUAUGCAGUACUUGGACUUGGCCAUGUAAGAUACAAAGCUACACAGAGACAGAUCAAAGCAGCACAUAAAGCAAUGGUUUUAAAACAUCACCCAGACAAACGGAAAGCAGCUGGUGAACCAAUAAAAGAAGGAGAUAAUGACUACUUCACUUGCAUAACUAAAGCUUAUGAAAUGUUAUCUGAUCCAGUGAAAAGACGAGCAUUUAACAGUGUAGAUCCUACUUUCGAUAACUCAGUUCCUUCUAAAAGUGAAGCAAAAGACAAUUUCUUCGAAGUGUUUUCCCCAGUGUUUGAAAGGAAUUCCAGAUGGUCAAAUAAAAAAAAUGUCCCUAAACUUGGUGAUAUGAAUUCAUCAUUUGAAGAUGUAGAUGCAUUUUAUUCUUUCUGGUAUAAUUUUGAUUCUUGGAGAGAAUUUUCUUACCUAGAUGAAGAAGAAAAAGAAAAAGCAGAGUGUCGUGAUGAAAGGAGAUGGAUUGAAAAGCAGAACAGAGCAACAAGGGCACAAAGAAAAAAAGAGGAAAUGAACAGAAUAAGAACAUUAGUUGACAAUGCAUAUAGCUGUGAUCCAAGAAUAAAAAAAUUUAAGGAAGAAGAAAAGGCCAAGAAAGAAGCAGAAAAGAAAGCAAAAGCAGAAGCAAAACGGAAGGAGCAAGAAGCUAAAGAAAAACAAAGACAAGCUGAAUUAGAAGCUGCUCGAUUAGCUAAAGAGAAAGAAGAAGAGGAAGUUAGACAACAAGCAUUACUGGCAAAGAAGGAAAAAGAUAUCCAGAAAAAAGCCAUCAAAAAGGAAAGGCAAAAACUUCGAAACUCAUGCAAGGCCUGGAAUCACUUUUCUGACAAUGAGGCAGAGCGUGUUAAAAUGAUGGAAGAAGUGGAAAAACUUUGUGAUCGCCUUGAAUUAGCAAGUUUACAGUGCUUGAAUGAAACACUCACAUCAUCUACAAAAGAAGUAGGAAAGGCUGCUCUGGAAAAACAGAUAGAAGAAAUAAAUGAGCAAAUUAGAAAAGAGAAAGAGGAAGCUGAGGCUCGUAUGCGACAAGCAUCUAAGAAUGCAGAGAAGUCAGCUGGUGGAGGUGGAAAUGGCAGUAAAAACUGGUCAGAAGAUGAUCUGCAAUUACUAAUUAAAGCUGUGAACCUCUUCCCUGCUGGAACAAAUUCAAGAUGGGAAGUUAUUGCUAAUUACAUGAACAUACAUUCUUCUUCUGGAGUCAAGAGAACCGCCAAAGAUGUUAUCAGCAAAGCAAAAAGUCUUCAAAAACUUGACCCUCAUCAAAAAGAUGACAUAAACAAAAAGGCUUUUGAUAAAUUUAAAAAAGAACAUGGAGUAGUGCCUCAAGCAGACAAUGCAACACCUUCAGAACGAUUUGAAGGUCCAUGCACAGAUUUCACCCCUUGGACAACAGAAGAGCAGAAACUUUUGGAACAAGCCUUGAAAACAUACCCAGUAAAUACACCUGGAAAAUGGGAAAAAAUAGCAGAAGCAGUUCCUGGCAGGACAAAGAAGGACUGCAUGGAACGAUAUAAGGAACUUGUCGAGAUGGUAAAAGCAAAGAAAGCUGCUCAAGAGCAAGUACUAAAUGCAAGUAGAACCAAGAAAUGACUUAAGACAAUCUUUGUUGUGUGUGCAUUUUUAUAAUAAAACUGAAAAUACUUUACAA